AAAAGAGCAUGAGUCCCUCCAGAAGAGAAACUUGCGGAACCUGUGGAACUUGCGGAACCUGUGGAACUUGCGGAACCAUGCCUCCUCUGGGCCCGAACGAGACCUGCUGUAUCCUCCAAUUCAAGGAGAGUGAACUUGACGAGCUCAUGGCCUCCGACGAGCAACGGAACUGGAAUAAGCGGUCCAUCUACAAGGUCCGCCCCUGCAUUGCCGACGUCCACAGCAAGGCCUACCAGCCGCAGGUUGUCUCCUUCGGCCCCUACCACCACGAUAAUGACCUCCUCCUCCCCAUGGAGGAACACAAGCGCCGCGCACUCCGCCACUUUGUCAAGCGGUCCAGGAAGCCCCUCGAGCGCUUCCGCGAGUCCCUAAGGGAGGUGGCACAGGAUAUCAAGGAAAGCUACGAUGAACUGGACUCAAAGUGGAAGGCGGGUGGCAGCGAGGGCGCAGCCAGCCAGUUCCUUGAUUUGAUGAUCACUGACGGCUGCUUCAUGCUCGAGAUCCUCCGGGUUGCGACUCAGGCGAAACAGGAGAAGGACGACUAUGAGGUCAACGACCCCAUCUUCAGCAACCAUGGGAAGCUCCGCGUAAUACCGUACAUCAGGCGAGACAUGCUGAUGCUGGAGAAUCAGCUGCCAAUGCUAGUGCUGGAUCAGCUGGUCGCCGUUGAGAGCGGCGGCAGGAAGGGCAACGAAUUCAUCAACAGACUCAUCGUCAAAUUCUUCAGUUCCCCCAGCAAGGUCACUGGCCAAUGCCUACACGUGCUGGACGUCUAUAGGAAGAGCCUGCUGCUCCCUGAGAUCGAGGUCCAGCAUAAGCAGCCCAAGCAGCGCCAGGGGUUAAUCCGGUCUGCCACCGAGCUCCAUGGGCAUGGGAUCCAGUUCAAGACCGGGACCACCAACCUCACGGACAUCUCCUUUGAAAAGGGGGUCCGGGGGUUCCUGGGAUUCCUGGGGUUCCCGGGGUUCCUGAAGCUCCCUAAGAUCGUGGUGGACGACACCACUGAGUCUGCAUAUCUCAACCUUAUCGCGUUCGAGCACUGCCAUGUCGGGGCUGGGAAUGAGGUCACGUCUUACAUCUACCUCAUGGAUAAAAUCAUCGACAAAGAGGGGGACGUCGCACUGCUCCAUGACCAGGGCAUCAUCCAGAAUGCCAUCGGGAGCGACAAGGCAGCCGCCGAUCUGUUCAAUUCGCUGUGCAAGGAAGUGACGCUUGAACCCGGGAGCAGCCUCGAGGCCGUGCACACAAAGGUCAGCGAGUACUGCAAGAACGCCUGGUACACGUCGGUAGCUAAUCUCUUGCACACCCACUUCAAAAGUCCUUGGUCUUUAGUGUCUUUCAUCGCCGCCAUCCUCCUCUUCGGACUCACUAUAACUCAGACCGUUUACACCGUGCUCUACCCUUGAACCAUCCCUUUGCCUCUCUCUACAAUAUAUAUAUAUAUAUUUUGGUUUUUCUCCUGAUGGUUGAUGCUCGAUAAUUACCUCUUGGUCGGUUGUUGAUUGUUGUUAUGAACAAUUUUCUUCCUGUUUCCAGUCUUGAUCAUUGUCUCUCUUUAAA